ACCGGAUCACGUGCGCAACCCGCACCGUUACACCAUGUACACACUGGACGAGGAGUUGGUGGUUGGCGGCGGCGACCGACGUGGGAACGGUCGCAACGGUCGCAAUGGGCGUAACGGCGACAGCAGGGGGCAUGGGGACCGAGGCGGCGGCGGCGGAGGGGCCGGGUGGCGUGGAUCUGGUGCGAGGGAGGAUGCGGAUAUGCGGCAGGCGCUAGCUGAUGUGCAAGAUGCACUGGCGGCCUCAGAGCGCGCGGAGCACGAUCCGGAACGCGCCGAAACCACAUUCGGAAGCGGCAUCGCCUUCCGCCCACGCACGCAGCGCCAGCAGCAGCAGCGGGAGGCGGCACCCGAGGGCCGGCAGCAGCAGCAGGAAGAGGAGGAGGGGAACAAGCGUGCGGGAGGAGAGGCAAGGGUUUCGCGAGGAGGAGGGGCGGGGUUGCACAGGGGCAUGAGCUUUGCCGGAGAAGAGGACGAGGAGGCAGCGGAUGGCAGCAGGGGCACGGG